UCUCUCUCUCUCUAGUCUUCCGACGCUCCGUUCUGCGAGAAACACAGGAAACUAGUCUAAAAACACACAGGAUCGACGUUUAAACGUUAACUUUGUCUGAUGAAACCUCGAUUGAGGGGGAACUGACCGAAGAUGGGUGUAAAGUCUCGGCUCUCGCACUGAAGUUGGAGGAUAUAUUGUCCCGGUGGAAGUGAUUCUUGACGGGGCCGAUCGUGAGCUCCAGCGCCGCUCAUCCUCUGAGGUGGAGCUAAGAUGAGCAUUACCAGUGAUGAAGUCAACUUUCUGGUCUACAGGUAUCUGCAGGAGUCAGGUUUCUCUCACUCUGCGUUCACGUUUGGCAUCGAGAGCCACAUCAGUCAGUCGAACAUCAACGGGACUCUGGUGCCUCCUGCUGCCCUCAUCUCCCUCCUGCAGAAGGGCCUUCAGUACGUGGAGGCCGAGAUCAGCAUCAACGAGGAUGGCACAGUGUUUGACGGCCGUCCGAUAGAGUCUCUGUCGCUCAUCGAUGCCGUGAUGCCAGACGUGGUUCACUCCAGACAGCAGGUGAUCAGAGACAAACUCGUCCAGCAGCAGAAAGCCCACAUCUCCAACCCAAUAACCGCGAUGAACGGAGAGGAGAACGGCACCCACGCACUCAAUAACCAUGCAGACAUGAUGGACAUGGAUGUGGAUGUGGAGAUCCCUCAGAAUAAAGCCAUGGUGCUGAGAGGUCACGAGUCGGAGGUCUUCAUCUGCGCCUGGAACCCUGUCACUGACCUCUUGGCCUCAGGCUCUGGCGACUCGACGGCACGCAUAUGGAACCUGAUUGAGAACAGCAGCAGCGGCUCGACUCAGCUGGUCCUGCGGCACUGCAUCCGAGAGGGAGGUCAGGAUGUUCCCAGCAACAAAGACGUGACCUCGCUAGACUGGAACAGCGACGGCACUCUAUUAGCAACCGGAUCUUAUGAUGGAUUUGCAAGAAUAUGGACAAAAGAUGGUAAUCUCAGCAGCACACUCGGCCAGCAUAAAGGACCCAUAUUUGCACUCAAGUGGAACAAGAAAGGCAACAGCAUCCUGAGCGCUGGAGUCGAUAAGAUGACAAUCAUUUGGGACGCUCAUACAGGUGAAGCCAAGCAGCAGUUCCCCUUUCAUUCUGCUCCGGCGCUGGACGUGGACUGGCAGAACAACAGCACCUUCGCCUCCUGCAGCACUGAUAUGUGCAUCCAUGUGUGCCGCCUGGGAAGUGAGCGUCCGCUCAAGACCUUUCAAGGGCACACGAAUGAGGUGAACGCCAUUAAAUGGGAUCCGUCGGGAAUGCUGCUGGCUUCCUGUUCAGAUGACAUGACGCUAAAGAUCUGGAGUAUGACGCACGAUUCAUGCGUUCACAAUCUUCAGGCGCACAACAAAGAGAUCUACACGAUCAAAUGGAGCCCAACAGGUGCCGGGAGCAACAAUCCUAACGCUAGCAUCCUGCUAGCCAGUGCCUCUUUCGACUCGACGGUGCGAUUAUGGGAUGUGGAGCGAGGCGUUUGCGUCCACACGCUCACUAAACACCAGGAGCCGGUCUACAGCGUGGCCUUCAGUCCGGACGGGAAGCUCCUCGCCAGCGGCUCCUUCGACAGAUGCGUUCACGUCUGGGACACGCUGAGCGGCGCGCUGGUGAACAGCUACAGAGGAACCGGAGGAGUCUUUGAGGUUUGCUGGAACAGUGUGGGAGAUAAAGUAGGAGCGAGUGCGUCUGACGGAUCGGUCUAUGUUCUUGAUUUACGGAAAUAGCUCUCGGUGAAUCCGGACGCAGGAUCGUGCAGCUAAAGCCUUUAGCGCAUCUCAGCGGCUGCCGGUUGUGACUGAACUCGUUUCUUCCGGUCGACUGAGACCCGCGGCUUCACCGGGAACAGAAUCCAAAUGUUGAAAACCAAACUAGAGGAAACGUCCACUAGAGAUGGUCAGAGACGUGCUGUUGAGCAGCACAUGAAGUGGACAGGUGUAUAUCCUCCCCACUUGAUGUACAUUUAAUGAAUGUAAAGAUGUAAAUGAGACCGUAACACACAGAUUUUACAAACUGUGUUUAUAUGUUUAUAAACGAAUCUUUUUCCUAAAGUCUUUGCUACAUUUAUGUUAUUUUUUUCUGAUUUUGUGCAUGUCAUGCCUGCUGGAUCGGCGGGAAACUCGAAUCAUGAGGAUAAGGGCCUCAAAAUAUCGUAUCGUAAGUGGGAAACGAGCGUUUUGGGCCGUGUUUCAGUUCUCAGCGUCACACUCGAGUCCUAAUCAGGUGUGAUUUGAUAAAACGACAAGUAAUAAAAGCGCUCUCCUCCACGCAAAUCUGAAUUUUUGUCUUAUUUUGUUGAUCACUUUUAUGUGGCGUUGCACUGGGAAGCCCCGCCCACCUUGAAAUCUCAUUGGUCCAAAAUCCUAAUUUGCAUUAAAC